AGUCAUGUGCGGCAAACAAAAGCAAUCGGUUGCUCAGACGGUAGAGGGACAGGGACCUGUCGUAAAAGGAAAUUGGCUGUGGAGAUACGGAUAGUUUAGCUGCUACCAUGCGUUGCGCAUGGGGAUAAGUCGGACCUUCCAAGGCUGCAGUUAGACGUCAAUACGAUCGGCUGGGAGUGGAUCACAGUGUUUGGAAACACUUUGGAACACCGAUGUACUGCUCAUGUUGGUUGCAAAUUUACAUUCUUGCUUCGAUUAAUUGUGGUGCUGCAGGGACCCUUUUGUUUUCCGGAGCUCAGAAGUCUAAGUUGGUCUGAAGCGAGGAGGAAAGAUGGCGAAAGGACUGCUGCCGCUGCUGCUACUGUUGCUCACUGCUAGAUUGCGCUCGACGUGUUGCAGCCUGACAAGGACCAAAGCAUGCUUGGAUGAACUCAGCGGAGCAGAGGGAUACACGGUGCUCAUGGUCGCUGACCCUGGCGAAUUCUCGGGAGUUCCAGAAGCUGUCCACUUCGAGGAGUCGUUGCAGAAUCCGGUGUACAUUCCUAGGGGCUCAUUGCUGUGCCCUCGUGUCACUGUGGGAAAGUUGAUGGGCCAACCCACUAUUGUUGCAACCUCUGGCAUUGGUCCAACAACAGCUGCCUUGUGCGCCAUCGACCUCGCGAAGUGCCUCGGAUCGAGAUUUAAGGAGCUAAUUUACGUGGGGACAUCUGGCUGGUCUGCUGCUGUGGGUGGUAUAUUGAACCCUGACAAUUGCGAGAAGGCCAACCCGACGCACAAAAUCACGCGUCUCGGCGAUGUGUGCGUGACUCCCAUGUCUAUGAACUGGAACUGCAAGCUUGCGGAUUGGAUCGGCCAAGCGAAGGGUUACCCGGACUUGUGCUUCAGCCCUGAAGAGAUUAAUGGGCCCACCGCCGCUUACCUCUACGGUGACUGCAUCUUCGAUACCCACACAGCAGGAAGCCUGGCUUUGGCGGAUGAGAUCCUCGCAGCUUCCAUAACAUCCAGCAGUAUCAGGCAAGCGCCCCUGCGAAACACCUUUCUUCAGGAGUAUGAGCAGGAGUACUUCGCGUACAUCAGCGCCAGUACGAACAGAACAUAUAACUUGAACUCCAAAAAGACUCCGACUGUGUAUGAUUACAGGCAAUGUGUGGAGGUGGAUUCGCAGUUUUUCUACUCGGGAGUGCCGUGGGAGAUCACGGCAAGGAACUACACAGCACUCACCAUCAACCAGGCUUUCAAUUCCUCAGUCACUCCGAAGGACGUUGUUGCAGUGUCUGCCAUGGAGGCUGUUGGUGUAGCUCAAGCUAUCGACGCAUAUAACGCCCUCAACGCUACCAAGUCCAAGAUCCCUUACGUGUUUGUAAGAGGCAACUCCGACUGGCUUCAUCAACCAGUGACGAAAUCUGCCAACGGGACAUGGACCCACGUCUCACCCGAGCUGCCCACCGUCUUCACCGACGGCUACCGAUACGCCAUCGCCACAACAUCGAAUGUGGUGCUGAGCUUGAUGAGCCAGCGGUGCAAGGAGCUCACGUGGUCCACUAAUUCCUUGUGCGUGUACACCAUCGAUUAUAGCUAAGCUUGGAGACCGAAAGGGCUCUGUGAAUUUGAACCCAGAAGAUGCAAAGUGGACGCAGGCUAAGCAUCGACAACUCCUCGUCUGUAUCGACGAUGAAUUGUGCUCGUGGAUCAUGGCGUCGCCGCAAGCUAAUCGUCCAUGCAUCGCUGCGUUUCGUACCCACAACGCCGCAUUGUGACGACGAUCACGUCGUCGAAUUAGGGCUUGAAGGCCUAGUCGAGAGCUUGAGCUGCAACUUAGGCUCUAGGCCCUGGAAUGCCGAUAGGGCUUAAUAAGCAACCCGAGGAUGAACUUCAUCCACGAGUUUCAUUGGAAAUUUGCUUCCAAAUUCAUUCAGUUAAUACACAACAAUAAAUAGAGAUUAAUCCUUGGCCAAUAGUGAGGAUGUUCCUACUGAUUAUGCAAUUUAACACGAUAUGCACCUAGGUAUUUAUAUGUCUUAGUCAGCAUAUGAAGCCAAAAUAAAUUAUUUCUUUCAUAUUAAUUUAA